AUGAUAGACAGGCGGCCUGUGUAUUUUGCUGAGCCUGCCUGGCCUGCCUGGUCUGUGCCAGGUUUGAAAAUUGCGGCCUGUGCCUUGAAAAUAGCCUUGGCUCAUGAUUUAACAAAAUGUGAUUUUGCCGAUGUACGUGCUAUCGAUCCCACCGCGUUACCAACGAUUACAUUCAUCCAAGCAUGCAAAGAAUAUGUCUCAUGUGGGGUAAAUAAUAUUGCAGAAGCAUGUUAG